CCUAAUAAUGGAAGGAAAAUGAGGAUGAGUAGUCCAGAUGGUUUCCAUUCUAAAAGGCUUAUGAGGUAUAGCCGGUGGGGUGGUUAAAGAACUUUAAUAAGUUGUUUAGUCAUAUUCAUAACUUUUUUUGUCCUUUAAAUUUAGAAACAAAAAAUAAUAAGAAUUACCUAAUCCGCAAAUGGCAGCAAAGUGAAGCAGGCUUGACUUGGUUCAUUCCCGCGUCCUACACCAAAAAAAAAAAACAAUGGCAAAAAAAUGGCAUUUCCAACUUUGAUUCUUUCCUCAUCACCAACUUCACCCCUCUUUCUCCUAUUCUUUUCUUGCUUAACUCACCCUAACUACUCAUUCAACCCCCACUCCCACCCCCCACUCCACCCCACCCACCUUAAAAUCAUCAAAAUCCUUGCUUGUUUCCAUGUUUCUUGAACCAUCAUCAUUAACCAUGUCCUCCUCCUAUUCCUCUUUCUUUCUCUUGUUUUUGUCGCUUCUUUUCUUCCCUUGUCUUUCUCAAUCACUUAGAGGAGUGCUGAUUGAUUGUGGUGCUGCAGUUGAUUCUAUAGUUAAUGAACAAAGAUGGGUGUCCGAUGCUGGUUUUGUAUCUGCAGGAACACCCAAGAAUCUUACUGUUGAAGUACUUGAUUCUACACUGUCAACUGUCCGUACAUUUCCAUCGAACAACAAUGUUUUCAAGAAAUUCUGUUAUGAGGUUCCCGUUUAUCGAGGAGGGAAAUACUUGGUCAGGACAACAUAUUUCUAUGGUGGGGUUAACGGGAAUUCGAAUCCUCCUGUAUUUGAUCAGAUCGUUGAUGGUACUUUUUGGAGUCCAGUGAAUACAACUGAGGAUUAUUGGCAUGGAAUGUCUUCAUAUUAUGAAGGGAUUUUUAAGGCCAUAGGGAAGACUAUGAGUGUGUGUUUGGCUGCUAAUAGUUAUACUGAUUCCGACCCUUUUAUAUCUGCUUUGGAACUUGUUUUAGUAUCGGAUUCAUUGUAUAAUUCAACAGAUUUUAAUACUUACGCAUUGACUUUGAUUGCAAGGAGCAGUUUUGGGAACAAUGGUUCAAUUAUCAGAUAUCCUGACGAUGAAUUUGAUCGUUUCUGGGAGCCCUAUGGACGAUAUUCUCCUGCAGAAAGUUUCAGACAUGUUUCUGUUUCUGGUAUCUGGAAUCACCCUCCUGCAAAAGUAUUUCAGACACGGUUCGCUCUCCGUAAGCUUGAAGCUAUGGAGUUAUUAUGGCCUCCAGCACCUCUUCCAAACACAACAUAUUACAUAGCUCUUUACUUUGCUGAUGAUCAACUUUCGUUCUCAGGAAGAGCUUUCAACAUAAGCAUAAACGAUAUACUGUUUUAUGCCAAUCUUAAUGUUACUCCUACUGGCAUGGUUGUGUUUGCAAGUCAAUGGCCUCUGGCUGGUAUUACAAAGAUAACUUUAACUCCACUGUUUGGAUCAAGUAUCGGUCCGUUGAUUAAUGCAGGAGAGGUUUUUGAAGUGUUGCCCGUCGGAGGAAAAACUCAUACUCGAGAUGUGAUAGCUCUGGAAAAAUUGAAGGAGAGUUUCAAGAAUCCUCCCCCUGAUUGGAAUGGUGAUCCAUGUUUACCCCCUCAAUACCCAUGGACUGGAGUUACAUGUGCUGGAGGAACACGAAUUCGUGUAACUUCUUUAAACCUAACAAGCUUGGGUCUUUCUGGGUCAAUAUCACCUAGCAUUGCAAAAUUGACAGCAUUGAAUGGCAUAUGGCUUGCGAAUAACAAUUUGACGGGAUCUAUCCCAGAUCUGAGCUCUUUGAAUAACCUGCAGAGUCUAUACUUGGAAGACAAUCAGCUUAGCGGAGAAAUUCCCCCAUCUCUCGGAAACAUUAACAGCCUUAAUGAAAUCUUCUUGCAGAACAAUAAUCUGAAUGGCCAGGUACCAAGCAAUCUUCUCGGAAAACCAGGGUUGAAUCUCAGGACCACUCCUGGGAAUCCAUUGUUGUCACAGCCCCCUAAAUGAGGAGAUUGUCUUUGCUCCUUUGGACAUUGAGAAGUAUAAAAUAUUCAGUUUUCGACAGUAGAUUUCAGACCUACAGUUCUUUUUCAAUAUUUUGAAAAUUUGGUGUAAAGAAAAAUCUUGAAAACUUAUUUUAUUGGAACUCCAGAAUACACUCACCAAGACUAACUAUUCAAAAUGGUUUGCCAGUACACUGUCUGCCCAAGUAGUAUAGUAAAAUGGAAUUUUGCGAUAAUUUUUUGGUGUCAUAGCUGUAUAUAUAGUCAUUGAAGUUUUCAGUUUCUGUAUUUUCCUCCUGUAACUCGAAAAGUUUGUUUUUCAUUCAUAUAUGUAUUGAAACGCAAUUGUAUAAAACAUGUUUGUAACUUGUUUAUUAUGAAAGUGAUGCAAGAGUUUUUCUGUUGA